GCAGCGCAGGAAGGCAGCGGGCCAGGCGGGGCGGCCGCAGCUGCUUCCCGCGCCUGACAGCUGCGGGCACGGCGGGAGCGGCCGCACCUCCCCGGCCCGCCCGGGGCAGGCAGGCAAGCCCAGCCCUCGCCUGACGGCACAUGGCAGCGGAGCGCUCGGCUGCGCCGCAGGUUAGCUAGGGCCGGGCUCUGGCCAGCGCAUCCAGGCUCUCUAGGUCCGCCGAGUUACCGCAGGGAUUAAAAUGCAGCUGGCCGCCUGCUUCUUUUUGGGCUGCGGCAUAUUCUUAGCUUCAGGAUACAACUCCUUCAGUAAGAGCAUGGAGACGAUAGGCAAGAAGCAGUACCAGGUUCAGCACGGGUCGUGCAGCUACACCUUCCUCCUGCCUGAGGCGGACAACUGCCGCUCCUCGACUCCGUACGUGUCCAACGCGGUGCAAAGGGAUGCACCUCUGGACUAUGAUGACUCAGUUCAAAGACUGCAGCUACUCGAGAACAUCAUGGAAAACAACACUCAGUGGCUAAUGAAGCUUGAGAAUUACAUCCAAGACAGUAUGAAGAAAGAAAUGGUAGAGAUCCAGCAAACUGCAGUGCAGAACCAGACUGCAGUAAUGAUUGAAAUAGGCACAAACUUGCUAAAUCAAACAGCUGAACAGACCCGCAAAUUAACAGAUGUUGAAGCACAAGUAUUAAACCAGACAACCCGACUUGAACUUCAGCUUUUGGAACACUCUCUUUCAACAAACAAACUAGAAAGACAGAUUUCAGAUCAGACCAAUGAGAUAACUAAAUUACAAGAAAAAAACAGCUUUUUAGAAAAAAGAGUUCUUGAGAUGGAAGACAAGCACAUGCUUCAGCUGAAGUCAAUAAAAGAUGAAAAAGAUCAGCUUCAAGUCCUAGUAGCCAGACAGAAUUCUAUUAUAGAAGAACUAGAAAAACAGUUGGUUACAGCUACAGUAAACAACUCAGUUCUGCAAAAACAGCAACAUGAUCUGAUGGAGACGGUUCAUAGCUUGCUUACUAUGAUAUCGACACCAAACUCUAAGAGCAAAUUCAUAGCCAAAGAGGAACAAAUCAGCUUCAAAGACUGUGCUGAAGCUUUCAAAUCUGGACUGACAACAAGUGGAAUCUACACUUUAACAGUUUCAAACACUGCACAAGAGAAAAAGGCCUACUGUGACAUGGAAACUGGUGGAGGAGGUUGGACAGUUAUUCAGAAACGAGAAGAUGGCAGUGUGGACUUCCACCGGACGUGGAAGGAGUAUAAGAUGGGAUUUGGUGAUCCUGCUGGGGAGUACUGGCUGGGAAAUGAGUUUGUUUCUCAACUGACUAAUCAGAAGCGUUAUGUUCUUAAAAUACAACUGAAAGACUGGGAAGGAAAUGAGGCAUAUUCAUUGUACGACCACUUCUCUCUAGCAAGUGAAGAACAAAAAUACAGGAUUUACCUUAAAGGACUUACUGGGACAGCGGGCAAAAUAAGUAGUAUAAGCCAACCAGGAAAUGAUUUUAGCACAAAGGAUGCAGACAAUGACAAAUGUAUUUGCAAAUGUUCACAAAUGCUAACAGGAGGAUGGUGGUUUGACGCAUGUGGUCCUUCUAACCUCAAUGGAAUGUAUUAUCCAUUACGACAGAACAACAACAAGUUUAAUGGGAUCAAGUGGUACUACUGGAAGGGCUCGGGAUACUCUCUCAAAGCUACGACGAUGAUGAUUCGACCAGCAGAUUUCUAAAUGCUUUAUCAUUAUGUGAAUUAUGUAUUGUAUAGUCUUCAAAGACUUAUUUUACCAAGCAACUUGUCUCAUUUUUUCAAGCCCAGAAACAUGCACUAGUGUUCUGAAGGGGUCAGUUCAGUGCAGUUCCUGAAUUGCAAUCGCCUUGAUCAGCUAAAGCUCAUAUUAUUCAACCAGACACAACGUCUAAAGCAUCGACCUGAUAUAACAGUGAUUUGGCCAAAUGACUCAAUAAAAAGAACAUCCAAGAAAAUGUCAGACAA